AAAGAAAAACAAAGAAAGAGAAAAUGAGCUUUCACAGCUUUCCCCAAAGUCCCAUUUCGCCACACACAUCCUCUCUUCACACUGUCACCGGCGCGUUCACCGGAAACCACCGCCGGUCUCUUCAUCGCCUCUGCCCGAGACUAUCUUCAGAGCAUAAACUGAUUAGCUCAGUGGGUCUUCUUGAAUCAGCGAUUCCGGGUAUUUUCGGGCAGCGAGCUCCGCAAUAAAGGUCAGGAACUCAUCAUGGUAAGGAAGAAAGAUCCAUUUUGGCAUUAUGUAGAACCUGUUGCAGAAGGCCGAUUCAAAUGCAAAUAUUGUGGACGAGAUUUCGCGGGGGGUAUUCCAAGAGUCAAGUCCCAUUUAUCUGGUGUUAAAGGUCGUGACAUUGAUAUAUGCCUUAAGGUCCCCAAAGAUGUUCAGGCUGCUGCCCGUGAAGCAAUUAACGGGGUCAAAAGGAAACAAAAGGCUGAAGCCUCUUCAGAUGAUGUUCAGAUCUCUGCUCUAGAUGCACCUAAUGGAACAAAUAAGAGACCCAAAAUUGAAGCAUGCUCGGGUACCUUUGAUGACAAUUUCUCCAAUGUGCAUGAGAAGAAAGACGGCCACAUGUUGGAUAAUUUGCUGGCGAAGUUUGCUUUGUUGAAUGAUAUUGAUUGCAAUAUUAUCCAGUCCCCUUCUUUUGUCGAAUUCAUGAAUGCUCUGGUCGAAUUUGGAUAUCGCUAUAACCUACAGAGCUGUUCGAAGCUAAAGACCAAGCUUAUUCCUAAUUUUUGGAUGGAAGUUGCUGCAUAUGUGAAAAAUCUGAAAAGUUCAUGGGAACGGGCUGUACCCUAAUAAGUGACAUUAGGUGCAAUGAUAUCGAGGGCAAAUUCCAUAUCAACAUCAUAUCCCAGCGUCACUUAUUAGGGUACAGCCAGUCCGUUUCCAUGAACUUUUCACAUUUUUCACAUAUGCAACAACUUCCAUCCCUAAAUUAGGAAUAAGCUUGGUCUUUAGCUUCGAACAGCUUGGUAGGUUAUAGCUAUAUCCAAAUUCGACGUUGAGGGUAAAAUCAAAUACAAUGAAAACACUUGACAGGAGGCCAAUUGAUCUGAAAGAACUUGGUAAGCUUAAGUUGAUCAGUGAGAACUCUGCUGAUGGAUUACCAAAUGACCUGAAGAUCCUACGCCUGAACGAACCGCAAAACAACAGAUGGUGCAUUGUCAAGGCUAGAAUUAAUUGUCUCUGUGCUGGAAGGUGACUUUAAUGAAGAAGGUGAAACUGAUUGGGCACAAGAGUACUUCCAGAGUAAUGAAAUAACCUCAAUAAUCCCACUCAUGGCUGGAAAUCUUCAUGUGGUCCUUAAUGGAGGGAUGGGAACACUUGGGGAUAUCACCUUUUAUGAAGAAUCUAGCAUGGCAAGAAACGGGACAUUUAGACUUGGAAUCAAAACUAGUGGAGAUUGUUGUGAAGGAUUCCGCAUUCGUGAGGGCAUAUCCAAUGCUUUUGUUGUGAAGGCUAUUGAGGCUGCCAGGUGGACCAACUGAGCCUCUUAUGGUAUGCUUCUUCCUGACGAUUGGCAUUCUCCGUGCAACUUGCAAGAAUCAUCGAGUGUUCCUGUGACGGGAAAUUGUAAUGGGAUAUUCGAUGACGGGUUUCUCUGGUUUUUGGAUGAAUCUGGAACUGUAUACAAGCAUCACCAGCAGGAGUACUACUUCAAAUCAAAGCAGGCAGCAACAAGAUGGUUUAAGCUGAAAGCCGUCUUGCAGUGGGCAAUUCUGAGGAGAAUAAUUAUGAGGAAGAGGGCUCGAAGAAUGGUUUUGAAGAGCAGAGUUGCGAAGCGAUUAGUCAGCACUGCAGGUCAGAAUUGGAAUGUCAAAGAACACAAGCCUGGUCCAGUAACCAGCCCCACACAGAUGUAUUUUACGUGCAAUCAUGAACAUGAAGAUGAUGAGAAAGAUGGAAAACUGAAUCCUAUCUAUUCAAGUGACAGAGACACUGUCCCAUCAAAGCUGGAUACAUCAGGAAUAGGUCAAUCUUUAACUCUCUUCCCAACAUUACUCACUGGAGAUGUUAUCGAGGCAGAGGAGGUUCUCAGUCCUCAUAUGGCCCCUCAAAUGAGCCCAAUCAAAGCUACGAAACAGGUCUGUCACCGGCGCGUUCACCGGAAACCACCGCCUGUCUCUUCAUCGCCUCUGCCCGAGACUAUCUUCAGCAAUUCCGGGUUUUGUCGGGCAGCGAGCUCCGCAAUAAAGGAACUCAUCAUGGUAAGGAAGAAAGAUCCAUUUUGGCAGUAUGUAGAACCUGUUGCGGAAGGCCGAUUCAAAUGCAAUUAUUGUGGACGAGAUUUCGCGGGGGGCAUUCCAAGAGUUAAGUCUCAUUUAUCUGGUAUUAAAGGCCGUGACAUUGAUAUAUGCCUGAAGGUCCACGAAGAUGUUCAGGCUGCUGCCCGUGAAGCAAUUAAUGGGGUCAAAAGGAAACAAAAGGCUGAAGCCUCUUCAGAUGAUGUUCAGAUCUCUGCUCUAGAUGCAACUAAUGGCACAAAUAAGAGAUCCAAAGUUGAAGCAUGCUCAGGUAACUUUGAUGAUAAUUUCUCCAAUGCGCAUGAGAAGAAAGACGGCUGCAUGUUGGAUAAUUUGCUGGCGAAGUUUGCUUUGUUGAAUGAUAUUGAUUGCAAUAUUAUCCAGUCGUCUUCUUUUAUCGAAUUCGUGAAUGCCCUGCUCGAAUUUGGAUAUAGCUAUAACCUACCAAGCUGUUCGAAGCUGAAGACGAAGCUUAUUCCUAAUCUGGGGAUGGAAGUUGCUGCAUAUGUGAAAAAUGUGAAAAGUUCAUGGGAACAGACUGGCUGUACACUAAUAAGUGACAUUUGGUGCGAUGAUAUCGAGGGGAAAUUCCAUAUCAACAUCAUUUCCCAGUGUCCAGCAGGGUUAGUGUUAUUGGGUACAUUUGAAGUUUCGAAGAAUGAUUUAUCCAGUACCUAUUUUAAGGAAAUCAUUUCUUUUGUUAUUCAACACAUCGGGCCUCAAAGAGUCCUACAAUUCAUUCAAAGUGAUGCUCAACAGGUGGAGUUGCCUGGGCCUUUACUCCAUAAGGGCUUUAACCAUAUAUUUAUGACUCAUUGUGCUGCUUGUGAAAUCCAGUUGCUCUUUGGGGAUAUCUACACUGGAAUUGAAUGGGUUCGAGCGACAUUUGAUAGAGCUAAUUUUGUUGUAGAUGUCGUGUACGAGCAUUAUGCCGUUUUGUCACUGGUAAGAAAGUAUACCAACAAGAAGGAAUUGAAACAACCUCUUUUGACUGAGUUUUCCUCAAACUAUGAAAUGCUCCAAUCAUUCGUUGAAGUUAAAGAUCAGUUACUUCUACUUGUGAAAUCUUCCGAAUGGUAUACAUCUGAUUGUGAUGCAGAAGAAACAAGAAGACAGAUAGCCGAAACAAUUCAGAACGAGAACUUCUGGGAUCAGGUGCAGGAGGUGCUAAAGGCUCUAGAGUCAAUUUUCCAUGUGUUCUGUUUAGUUGAUAGCAGUGGCUCCACCUUUGGCUACUUGUAUGGUGCAAUGGAAAUGGCCGAAGAAGCAAUGGAACAACUUUACAACAAUAACCCAAAUAGGUUCCAGAAGUUAUGGGACACUUUUAAUUCAAGAAAAGGUCGACUUAUGCACCCAAUGCACGCUGCUGCAGCUUUUUUGAAUCCCGCAUUCAUGUGUAGUGAAACUUUUAAACAUAGCCCCAGAAUCAAAGAUGGUAUGAACUUUGUGCUGAAGAAUUUGGUAGCCGACGAAGAAGAAGAUGAUUUUCUUGAUCAAAUGGAUCAGUAUCAUAUGAAAGCAUCGGAAGUGUUCACAUAUACAGCAAUGAAAAUGCUGAAAACAUCUCACCCUCGUAAAUGGUGGGACUAUUGCGGUGAUUAUCUUCCCAUACUAAAAAAAUAUGCUAUCCGAAUUCUAAGCCAACCUUGCAGUAGUUCGUCCUGCAAAAGGAGUCUAAGUGCAUCCGAAGCUGCCCAGAUCAAGCGACGAAGGGAAUCCACACCAGCAGGGCUGGAAAAUUGUCUACAUUUAAGGAUGAAUGCAACGUUGAUGGCAAAAUCAAAUACAAUGAAAACAAUUGACAGGAGGCCAAUUGAUCUGCAAGAACUUGGUAAGCCGAAGUUGAUCAGUGAGAACUCUGCUGAUGGAUUACCAAGUGACCCGAAGAUCCUAUGCCCAAACGAACAACAAAACAGCGGGUCUUUAUUCACAAGGAAUCAGUUAGUAGAACCGAAUUAUCUACAGUUGCAUUUCGUAACGAUGGUUUCCUCUCCCCUGGUAACUGGUCAAAAGGUUGAAGGUGAAGGUGGAUCUCCUAUCCAUGUCUUUCUGGUAGACCCUCAAACUGGUUUUCUUGUGCAAGAUGGUGCAUUGUCAAGGCUAAAGUUGAUUGUCUGUGUGCUGGAAGGUGACUUUAAUGAAGAAGGUGAAGCUGAUUGGGCACAAGAGUACUUCCAGAGUAAUGAAAUAACCUCGAUAAUCCCACUCAUGGCUGGAAAUCUUCAUGUGGUCCUUAAUGGAGGGAUGGGUACACUUGGGGAUAUCACCUUUAAUGAAGAAUCUAGCAUGGCAAGAAACGGGACAUUUAGACUUGGAGUCAAAACUAGUGGAGAUUGUCGUGAAGGAUUCCGCAUUCGUGAGGGCAUAUCCAAUGCUUUUGUUGUGAAGGGUAAUGAGGCUACGAGGUGGAAAAAACCAGCUGCUUAUGAUAUGCUUCUUCCUGACGAUAGGCAUUCUCCGUGCAACUUGCAAGAAUCAUCGAGUUUUCUUGUGACGGGAAAUUAUGAUGAGAUAUACGAUGACUGGUUACUCUGGUCUUUUGAUGAAUCUGGAAGUGUAUACCAGCAUCACCAGCAGGAGUACUGCUUCAAAUCAAAGCAGGCAGCAACAAGAUGGUUUAAGCUGAAAGCCGUCUUGCAGUGGGCAAUUCUAAGGAGAAUAAUUAUGAGGAAGAGGGCUCGAAGAAUGGUUGUGAAGAACAGAGUUGAGAAGCGAUUAGUCAGCACUGCAGGUCAGAAUUGGAAUGUCAAAGAACACAAGCAUGCUCCAGUAACCAGCCUCACACAGAUGUAUUUUACGUGCAAUCAUGAACAUGAAGAUGAUGAGAAAGAUGGAAAACUGAAGCCUAUCAAUUCAAGUGACAGAGACACUGUCCCAUCAAUGCUGGAUACAUCAGGAAUGGGUCAAUCUUUAACUCUCUUCCCAACAUUACUCACUGGAGAUGGUAUCAAGGCAAAGGAGGUUCUCAGUCCUCACAUGGCCCAUUUUAAAGCUACGAAGCAGAAGGGCAAGGAAGUGCUACUAAAAAGGUCUGGAUCAUUCAGAUCAACCAUCACAGAUGCUGGAGGCUCCAUUCCUGCGAAGCCUGACAGCAACUAUUUCAGCCACUCAUUGACGCUUUUCCCAUCAUUAUUGAAUGAUAUGGAGCCCAAUAAAGCUGAUGUUCUGGAGCCAAUGCCUACAAACUCAGGCAGCUACAUUGAACUUACUAAAUUAGCCCCCAUGGCGGCACUUAGUUCUGCUCUAUGUUUGUUAAGCAACGUUAGACAGCCGGCGGAAUCUAGUAGUUGUUUAACAGCGCUUGAUGAUGGUGCCCUUGGACAAUGCAAGUAUGAGAACGACAUGAAACGGGCGAAAAAGAGAUGGCGCAAGCUCAAGUCUGUUUUGCGGUUGGUCUUCUUAUGGAAAGUCAUUGCACCAAGGAGUUUUGAGGGGCAUUCUAAAGGGUCUCAAGUGGGAAACUUUCCUGCAAAAGUGCACUCGUCAGCUGUUUCCCGGCGUGUCCACAGAUAUGUGCGCAGGAAGGACACAAGCUGGACAUUGGUGAUGGGAUCACUGGAAGAUGCAUAUGCCUGGAGGAAGUAUGGUCAGAAAGCGAUUCUGGGUCAGAAGUAUCCCAGGUCUUACUUCAGAUGCCAAAACAGAAAGAUCUCUAAAUGCCGGGCAACAAAGCAGGUCGAGAGACUUGACUCUGACCCCACAACUUACAGAGUGACCUAUUACGGGCACCACACCUGUGACAUGUCCGCUGCUGUCUCAAGCCCAUCACAGCCGUCGCCACCACCAUCGGGUCCAGAGGUAGAAAUGCCAAAGUCUCCUCCUACAAAACGAAUAUCACAGGCCUCUGGCAUUAAAUGCGAUGAUCACAAAGAGAGCACGGAUCAGACAGCCGUUAAUAUGAGCAACCUUGGUGAUGACAUGGAAGAUACAUUGGCGGACCAUCCACUUUAAUUCCACCAUGACAGCAUUGCCUAGCUAGUUUGUAAUUCUUCCCCUGCCCAAUAUACAUAUUUACUUGUAAUCAUGCACCUGCUGGACAUUGUUUGUGGUGUAUAUAUGUUUGUGAUCGGGGACGGAAGUAGGUGGCUGGUGAUCCCCGCCCUGCUGCCUCUGGCAAUCAAUUGAGGGCUGGGAGCCUUGAUUGAGGCUAGAUCUCGCCCUAAUGAGAUCGGGGCUCUGUCGUAGUUUCCCAACCCUGACCAGGGCUAGAUCUCAUGCUACGAGCAUUAUGUUGGAAGAAAUUUUCUGUACAAGUGAUUUCGGAGAGUUUUGUUGUUUGCUUUGGCCAACAUCAUAAUAAUUGCAAUUUCCUUUCUCCCUAAA